AUGCCCAUCGCGCACGGAGUCAAGAAACUGGGUGUCCUCGGUGCAGGCCAAAUGGGCCUGGGUAUAGCCUAUGUCGCUGCCCUCCGAGCCAAAGUUGACGUCCUCCUGUACGACGCCUCCUCAGAGCAGAUCCAAAAGGGUGUACGAUUAAUGGACAAGCUCCUCGCAAAGGAUGUGGCGAAGGGCAAAAUCGUGGAUUACGAAGCACAAGCUGCCCGUGCGCGUGUGACUGUUGUGCCGCAGGAGAAAGGAUAUGCGGGGUUGCGAGAUGUGGAUAUGGUUAUUGAGGCUGUAUCAGAAAACCUCCCUCUCAAGCAAAAGAUAUUCGGCAGUCUAGCACAGGAAGUCUCACCAUCUGCAAUCCUCGCGUCGAAUACAUCGUCCAUCAGCCUUACGAAGAUCGCAGCUGCAACAAUUGCUGCUGACGUUUCUGCCGCAUCAGAGAAGGGAAAGGCGAAUGCUUCUAGAGUUGUCGGCUUGCAUUUCUUCAACCCAGUUCCCGUCAUGAAACUUGCGGAAUUAAUAGCAGCUCUUCAAACCUCGGAACAAACACUUUCUCGUGCGCGAGCGUUCGCAUUAGCAUGCGGCAAAGAGGUCACUACGUCUAAAGACGUGCCGGGCUUCGUAUCGAACGCACUACUCAUGCCAUUUAUCAACGAGGCUAUUAUGUGUCUCGAGAAAGGCACAGCAACUCGAGACGAUAUUGACAAAACCCUAAGACUCGGGAUGAAUCAUCCAAUGGGCCCGUUACAACUUGCUGAUUUCAUUGGCCUCGACACCUGCCUAGCCAUCCAACAGACUUUGUACAAUGGCACGGGAGACUCGAAAUACCGACCAAGCGUGCUUCUAGAGCGAAUGGUGGAUGCAGGGUGGUAUGGCAGGAAGAAUGGGAAGGGGUUUUACGAAUAUGAUAACACCUCUUCGUGA